AAAACGGGAAAAAAAAAAAGUUGGAGCUUACGCCGAAAUUAAAGGCAAAAACAAAAUUGAGAAUAGGAGGAAGAAAACGACAGCGUUUGAUACUCUACUGGACGAUUGGAUCAAAGAUCAAAAUAAGAAUCAGAGCAUAAUUCUACUUUUUCUACUGGCUAUAUCUUCCUCCAUCUCUCUUUCUCUCUCUCUCUCUAUUGUUUUUCAUCUUUCCCCUUAGAGAGAAAAAGUUCCCUCUUUAUUCCCAUCCAUGUCCCCAUUCUCCAUCCCAACAACACGUCUCCACCGUUGAUUCCUCCUGAUCAUCAUCACAUCAUAUCAUCUCUCUCCCUCUAUUCCAUCACCGCCUUCUUCAUAUGCCCCUCAAAUUUCUCCUUUUCUUUCCUUUUUGUUUUUGUGAAAUUGUAUUUAAGAUUUAGGCUUUUUUUUUUAACGUUAAUCCGAAUUGAGCGUUACUAAGAGAGAAAGAGAAAAAUAAAACUACUAGGUUUUUUCUUUUUCGUAUUUAAUUUAAUUUUUCUUUUUGUUUAUUUCGGCUUUUAUGGAGCCGCGAGUUGGGAACAAGUAUCGACUCGGUCGAAAGAUCGGUAGCGGAUCAUUUGGAGAAAUCUAUCUCGGUACCAAUAUUCAAACGAAUGAAGAGGUUGGAAUUAAGCUUGAAAAUUUGAAGACAAAGCAUCCCCAAUUGUUGUAUGAAUCUAAGUUGUAUAAAAUACUGCAAGGAGGAACUGGAAUUCUAAAUGUGAGAUGGUUUGGCGUUGAAGGUGACUAUAAUGUCCUUGUGAUGGAUUUACUGGGGCCUAGCCUUGAAGAUUUAUUCAAUUUCUGCAGUAGAAAACUGUCACUUAAAACUGUUCUCAUGCUUGCGGACCAGAUGAUCAAUCGAGUUGAAUUUGUUCACUCAAAAUCAUUUCUGCAUCGAGAUAUCAAGCCAGACAACUUCCUCAUGGGCUUAGGAAAGCGUGCAAAUCAGGCGUACAUCAUUGAUUUUGGGCUGGCUAAGAAGUACAGAGAUACUUCAACCCAUCAGCAUAUUCCUUAUAGAGAAAAUAAAAAUCUGACAGGAACUGCAAGAUAUGCAAGCAUGAAUACUCACCUUGGGAUUGAGCAAAGCCGAAGGGAUGAUUUAGAGUCACUUGGAUAUGUUCUUAUGUAUUUCUUAAGGGGAAGUCUUCCUUGGCAGGGACUGAAAGCAGGAAAUAAGAAGCAAAAGUAUGAGAAGAUUAGUGAAAAGAAAGUGUCAACUUCUAUUGAGUCCUUGUGUCGAGGUUAUCCUACUGAAUUUGCGUCCUACUUCCAUUACUGCCGGUCCCUACGGUUUGAUGAUAAACCAGAUUAUUCUUAUCUGAAGCGCUUGUUUCGUGAUCUCUUCAUUCAUGAAGGUUUUCAGUUUGAUUAUGUGUUUGAUUGGACAAUAUUAAAGUAUCAGCAAUCACAGAUUGCCAAUCCUCCUACCCGUGCACUUGGCCCUAGUGCUGGACAAAGUUCUGGCAUACCUCCUGUGGGUGCAAUUGCUGAUAGACAACCAGGUGGAGAAGAAGGUGGACCUUCUGGUUGGUCUUCCACAGAUCCUACCCGCAGGAGACACUCAGGCCCAAUUGUAAACUCUGGAAGCUUAGCUAAACAAAAAAGUCCAGUACCAAAUGAUCUACCUCUUGCUAAAGAUUCUAUGGUAAUGUUGUCUAGUUCUAAUUUCUUGCGUUCAAGUGGAUCUUCAAGACGAGCUGCUGUGUCUAGCAGUCGCGAUGCUGCAAUCACAGCUAGUGACUCCGACUCUCGCCUUCGCACCAUUGAUGCAAGUGUAGCGCCUCUUCCAAAAAUCUCUAGUGGGCAAAGAAGCUCACCUGUUUUAUCAUCAGAGAACAAGCGCUCAUCUUGUGUUAGAAACACCUCAAAGAUAAAGAAUUUAGAGUCUGCUCUGAGGGGCAUUGAGAGUCUGCAUUUUAGUAAUGAUGAGAGGUUACAUUAUUAGUCUACAUAAAAUUCUUGCCUCCUGUAAAUUUAUAUGAUAACUGUAAAUAGUAAUAAAGAGAGAAUCAGGAAGAGUCGGAUAUCUGCCCAAAUAACAUAAACCUUGGUAUGGUACUAUGUCCAAAAAAAAAAAAAAUCUAGGUAAGAAGGCUUAUUGUCUAAAAUAAACAGUUUUAAAUGUCUUGGCUACAUUUUCAUUUAAAAUGUUCCAUUAAUGGAUUAUGUAACCACCGUAAAAUCUAUUAAUGGAUUAAAUGUCUUGGUUUUUGAA